AACCUUGUAGGGAUGUGUCUGAUCUAAUGAUUCACUUUGUCAUUGCUCAGUCAGAUUUAUCAGCAGAUAUUGCAUUUGAAAAAAGCUUGAGUCCACUGCAGCUGGUAAUUUCUUGUUACAUUAGAUCUGUCUGCUUGAGUUUCCAGCUCUGGACUUCCUACCUUAUCCCUGCUUUGUUUGCCUGUAAUUCAGAUAAAGGCGAGGGGGUGCGUCACUGCCAUUUUAUAUAUAACUGAAAAUAUGUACCCUUCUGCGCCAAAAAUGUACAAAGCUAGAGAAACACCAGUUCUUUUCUUAGUACCCUUUCCAAAGUGACAAAGCCUUGUUCACAAGGAGAGGCACUGUUCUUAAUCUCUUGGACGCCAAAGCAAAUCAUUAGACUCAGACACAUCCCUACAAGGUUGAAAAGUGCCUUGAGGCAGUUUAAACAGGACAGUGACUGUGAAGAGACCUCUGUGGCCUUGGGAAAGAACGUUUCAGUUUGGACCAUUCAGUUUGCAGAGCUGAUAAAUCUGAAUUAUUCCUGCCCACCACAUAAAAGUUAGAAAUUAACUGUGGUUAAAAGCACAACUGGAGUUUGAAAAAAGAAGAAAAAAAAAAGAUCUGAGCUUAACUGGGGAGAGGUUUGUGUUACUGUGCUGCCCCUAGGUUCACUGGGGAAGGGAUAGUAGUAAUCAUUAAAUCACGUUUUUGGUCUGUUUUUUCGGAAGCGUUUCCACAGGUCUUGGACCUAAUGAGGCAUUUUGACAACAAAGUCAAACCCAAGCUCAGCGAUGCCCUGGAAUGUCAAAUGGCUGAACAGCUACAACAGCCACAAUGCCCAGUCCCAAAAGCAAUGCAAGAAAUCCUCCUUCGCCUUUUACCAGGCCGUGAGGGACCUUCUGCCUGUGUGGCUCCUGGAGGACAUGAGGACAAUGGAAGCCUUUCACUGGGAAGAAGGUGGAAAGGUGAGCACCUAUUCUCCCUCUGAAGCUCUUCUCUAUGCUCUGGUGCACAAUCACCAACCUUAUGCCCAAUACUUACUGAGUAAGUUUCCUCAGAGUGCCCUGGCUAUACCCAGCCAAAACUUCAGCUGCUGCCAGUCAUCAGCUCCUCACCUAGCUAUGGCAGUUCGUUACAACCGCACCCACAUCCUCUUCAAAAUACUGAAAGCCAUCAGAGGUUUCCCAGAGUGUGAGCGAGCCAGCUAUUUGGACCGCAGGGGAUGCAGUCGCGUGGAAGGCAGCAAAACUGCCUUGCACAUGGCCUGUGAACUCUCGAGACCUGAAUGUUUGCUUCUACUGCUUGCUCAUGGGGCAUCACCCUGCUUAAGUGACUGCACUGGGAAUACCCCCUUGGACAUCUUGCUCCAGCAGAUUUCUCAGACUCCACCAGUGAACAUGCGCUCCAAGCUCCUCUUGCUGGACUCCCUUUUCCUCUUCAUGCCUCAGGAACUUCACUUUUCAAUGAAACAGCAACUGCUGGAUAAUCGCCAGCCUUGGCAGGACCUUUUGGGAGAGAACAGAUUCCAAUGGCUGGCAGGCUUAUCCCCUACAUCUUUGUUCAUCACAGCCAUGCGUGUCUUAAUUAGGAGUAUUUCACCUGAACAGUUUCCAGAGGCACUGGACAAUCUGCCUUUGCCACAGUUUCUGAAGCCUUUAGACUUGAAAUUGAAGACCUAAAGGGUAUGCCCAAUAGCUUCCCGCUUGUAUGGUGAAAAUGGGCUGCUUGCUCUGGUACUGAAAACGUUUCAGUAUAAAGAGCUACUACUGCAGAAGUGGGCACUACGCUUGUUUUAAUUAGAACAGGUUUUUAAAAGGAUUGUAUCUGGCACUUUACAUAUCUAUUCAUUUAAAGAUAAUUGUGGUGAGUAAUUUUCAUGCCACUUUUUAUAAAAAGUAUUAUAUGGUACGUGUAAUUUAGGACAUGGGUAUAUAUAUUUGUGAAUAGGUAUAAAUAAACCAGUGGCAUAUAUGACUGGAAA